AUGUACGUCAACGUCCAUUUCGAACCCGCCGACGCUCAUCUGUGCGAUCACCGCCUUUUGAAGUCGCUUCUGUGGCUUAUCGAAAACGACGAAGCAACCUUGACCGAUUGUCGCGAAGAUGACUACACCGAGAAUUGCCUGUCUAUCAAGGUCCGCGCAUCGUCCGAAGAAGAGGCAUAUCACAAGGCUGAGAAGCGGGUCAAGUCUUGGAUCCGCCGAUAUGAUGACGAGGGCUUGCCGUUUGAGCGGACUGAUGUCUUUCAAGUUGGCCUUGGUCUUUACUAUGAGGCAAGAUGUUGA